UAGAGAUUGUCAAAUCGUCCUUCUCUGUCAUCAUGUCGAGUGAGAAGCAGGCAGCGGCCCAUGAGGCAUGCGACUCUGAGCAAGUCAGUCCACGCGGUGAGGCAUUAGAAGAGGAAGGGGAGAUUUUCGAGAGGACGGCUUCCGGAGUCAACUUCCGCUAGGUGGGUUGGUUCAAUGUGGCCGUGAUCUUCACCAAAGUCCUUUUCGCAACAGGCGUGCUUUCACUGCCGUCGGCGCUGUAUGCGCUGUGAGUCGUCGGGGGCCCUCGAUCAGCAUUGUGGCCUGGGGGUGCUUCAACAUGUACUGUUUUGGCAUCCUGGGCAACUCUCGAAUGAGACACACCCACUGCCAUUCGAUUGCCGACAUGGCUUACGUUGCCGGUGGCACUGUUGCCAGGGAGGUCACCGGCCAGUUGUUUAUUAUUUGCCUAUGUCCUGGUGACGGGCAGUGGCAUCGUCGGCGUGUUCACGGUGCUGCAUGCUCUCUCCCACCACGCAGCGUGCACCGUCUGGUGGCCAUUCCUGGCCGCAGUGGUGAUCACCGCAACGGCAUCCAUCUGCAAACCGGAGAACGUCGGUCGGCUGACCUACGUGGGAUUCCUGUCAUCUACGUCGCGGUUCUCAUUGUUGUGGUCGGCGUGACGACCCGAGACAGACCGGCAGCUGCACCACAGGAAGGGCUGUACGACCUUGGGUUCGUCGCCAUCAAUAACCCGGGUUUUACCGGCGGCAUGGUCGCCUCCUGUAUCAUCUUUGUCUCCUCGGCUGGUACCAGUGCCUUUCUGACGGUCAUCUCAGAGAUGCGGAACCCAAAAGACUAGAGGAAGCCGCUGUAUAUGUGUAGCCCUGGUGACUGCGUCGUACCUCGUCUUUAGCUUGAUCGUCUAUCGCUGGUGUGGGAAGUGCGUAGCGAGCCCAUCGCUGGGGUAUGUAUUACUUUCUUUCCACCUGAGCUGUCGGUAAUAACUGCCAUAUAGAGCGCUGGGAUUAAUGGUCAAAAGUCCAGACUUUUUUGAGAGCUGAUACUCUCUUACAUUCCUAGUAUGGCUACCAGUUGGCCAUCUGAUCUAUCUUGUUCGCCG